UUACAAAGCUCCAGCUAGAUUGCAACACUGUUUUUAAUUUUUACAAAUACCUUCAUCGAACAUUACUGAAACACGGAUCUUCGAUAUGAUUCUUCUGUUGUGUGCAACAUCUGCACGACUGUGCAUGUGCAUCACCAGAGGGCGCGUGCACUGAACACGAGGACUGCUCUACUGCUCCAUUACAAUAUAGUCUGUUAUCUGCAAUUUCUGCACCGCUGAACUCGAGGAAACUGUAUAGAUAUUUGCAGUAAUCGGCACAUGGACGUCUCCUUCUGAAUGCGUGUUAAUGUCAUGCAUCUGUGUUCCUCACGCAUAUCUGCUUCUGAAAUACACGGGAAGACCAGGAAAUCAAAGGAUUCCAUAAAGGAUUUGAGUGCAAUCCAUAAUAUAGUGUAUAUAUAAGUUCAUUCUGUAGCUGCACAAUGAAGAGACGGUUUAGUGUUGUGGAGUCCCUGGUUCGUUUAUUUGAAUCCAGAGAAGAGAAAAGAGCUGCGACCCCAUAUACAACUUAUGGAUUUAGGGAAGAGGAAAGAGAUGCGACCCCAUAUACAAGUGAUGGAUUUAGGGAAGAGGAAAGAGAUGCAACCCCAUAUACAAGUGAUGGAUUAAUGGAAGGGGAAAGAGUUGCGACCCUACAUACAAGUUAUGGAUUUAGGGAAAAGGAAAGAGAUGCGACCCUACAUACAAGUGAUGGAUUUAGGGAAGAGGAAAGAGAUGCGACCCUACAUAAAAGGUGAUGGAUUUAUGGAAGGGGAAAAAGAUGCAACUCUACAUAAAAGCAAUGAAUUUAUGGAAGAGGAAAGAGAUGCGACCCUACAUACAAGUGAUGGAUUUAUGGAAGAGGAAAGAGAUGCGACCCCACAAACAAGAGACGGAUUUAUGGAAGAGGAAAGAGAUUCGACCCUACAUAAGAGCGAUGGAUUUAUGGAAGAGGAAAGAUUUGUGACCUUACAUACAAGUGAUAUAUUAAUGGAAGAGGAAAGAGACCUGGAAGAAGAAGCUGAGUCUGAAGAGGAGCUCUUCGAUCAAGAGUCUGAAACAGAGGACGAUACAGAAUUCGACCCAGACUACCACUCUACUGAUGGGGAAGAGUCAGAGGGAGAGGAAGAGAUCCCUCCUGAGGUGGAGGCCGCUUACCAGUCCAAAAACGGGAAAAUAAUGUGGACUUCAACAACUCCUUCUGAGAGACGAGGGAGAACACCAGCUCGUUUCAUCAUAAAAAUGACCCCUGGACCAACCAGGUUUGCAUGUUCCAAUGCCGAAGACAUAAAAUCAACAUUUGAAUUGUUUUUCACAGAUGAAAUUAAAGAGAUUUUGAUUGAAAUGACCAAUUUAGAGGGGAAACGUGUGUUUAAUAAAGCCUGGAAGAACCUGGACUGGAUAGACUUACAGGCCUAUUUCGGUCUGUUGAUUCUGGCGGGCGUGUAUCGAUCCCAUCAUGAGGCUUUGGGCAGCUUAUGGAACAGUGUAUCGGGGAGGACAAUUUUUCGUGCUACCAUGCCAAUGAAAACUUUUACCAUGAUGUCGAGGGUCUUCUGCUUUUACAAAAGGGGUGCAGGGCCUGGCCAAGAGAAACGUGACAAGCUGGCACCAGUAAGGGACAUCUGGGAAAAAUGGGUCGAACGCCUGCCGCUCAUGUACAAUCCAGGCCCGAAUGUCACUGUGGACGAGUGCCUGGUCCCUUUCAGAGGUCGCUGUCCCUUCAAACAAUACAUGCCGAGUAAACCGAGCAAGUACGGAAUUAAAAUCUGGGCGGCGUGCGAUUCCAGAUCGAGCUACGCAUGGAACAUGCAGAUCUACACUGGGAAAGCUGCUGACAGAAAGCCAGAAAAGAACCAGGGAAUGCGUGUGGUCUUGGACAUGACCUCUGGUCUCCAGGGACACACCAUCACAUGUGACAACUUUUUCACCUCGUACGCCCUCGGCGAAGAGUUGCUCCAAAGAAAAAUGAGCAUGAUCGGAACAGUCCGAUCAAACAAGCCUGAGCUCCCACCUGCGCUCCUGUCAAAAAAAGACCGGCCCCGACUCUCAUCCAUGUUCGCCUUCACAGAGACGCACGCUCUUGUGUCCUACUGUCCCAGAAAAAAUAAAAACGUGCUUUUGAUGAGCACAUUUCACAGAGAUGCCGCAAUAAGCAACAAAGACCACAAGAAGCCGCAAAUAAUCCUAGACUACAACCAGACCAAAGGUGGAGUUGACACCCUUGACAAGGUGGUGGCCACAUACACCUGCCAAAGGAUGACACGUCGUUGGCCCAUGGUGAUUUUCUUUAACAUGCUAGAUGUCUCCGCCUACAAUGCAUUUGUACUUUGGACUGAAAUAAAUCCUAAAUGGAACAAACAGAGGAACACCAAAAGGAGACUCUUUCUGGAAGAGCUAGGGGUAGCUUUGGUUACUCCCUACAUGGAAAGACGGCACUGCCUUCCCCGCACGCAAGCCUCUCAGGAUAUGGUAAAGGAAGCACAAGCAUGCUCUUUGAGAAACAAAGCCGCCCCCCAAACUCCCUCGUACAAAAAAGUGAUGGAAGCACGCAAAUGCUCUCUUGAAGUCAAAGAAUCCGGCCCCUCGCCAGUAUCAACCCCCUCCAAGAGGAAAAGGUGUCAGGUCUGUGAAUCAAAGAAGAGUACAAAAACCAGUAUUACGUGCAACAAGUGUAACAUGUACAUUUGUAGGUCACACGCUGUUAUAACUACUUACUGCUACUCAUGCAAAUAAGUUUAAACAGGACUUUGUCACUGUUUAUCUGCUGUUUGUUUUUUACUGUUUUUAUUACAUUCUUUUCUUAGCUAUUCUCUUUAGUAUCUUGUUUGCUAAUCUUCUGAUUAUUGCUCCUGUUUUCUUGACAUUUUUAUUAGUUGACCUCAUUGUAGUUACUGAAAGUUGAUGUUUGACGUUUUAAAUAAAUGAUAAUA